AUGGCGCUGGGGACGCUGGAGCUGGAGGAGCUGGAGCUAGAGGUGCUGGAGCUGGAGGCCUUGGCACUGGAGGCGUUGGAGCUGCAGGCACUAGUACUGGAGGCGCUGGAGCUGGAGGCGCUGGAGCUAAAGGCCCUGGAGCUGGAGGCGCUGGAGCUGGAGACGCUGGAGCUGGAGGCGCUGGAGCUGGAGACGCUGGAGCUGGAGGCGCUUCUUCCUUCGUCCACUGCCCUUCCUCCGGCCUCACCACUGCCUUCCCCGCCUCGUUACACUGAGCAGCCGGUCUCCCUUACAGAGCGUCGUGAGCCUGAGUCUUGUCCUGUCUCCCCUGUUCGCACUGUUCGCCGUGCUCGUCGUGUCCCGCGUCCGCGUCCUCCUCCUGUGCCGGGCACUCACACCAUGGCACUUCGUCCUUCCUCUGUUCCACAGCGCGUCCCUCUGCCGUCUCAUCCUGCGUCCUCUCUUCCUGAGGUUCCGGACCCUGAGUCUUACCGUGUUGGUGCUGCCAACCCUACUGUCACCCGUCUCCUGGCUACUAUUGUAACUGACCUGUCGUUUGAGUCGACUGCUACGUCUGCCUUAGUUGUUGAGCUUGUGGACUUUGAUGCUGCGUGUCGUAUAGACUACGCCGCCAUUCUUGUUAUUGAGUCUGAAUCUGUCUGUCCUCCGUCCGUCGGGGGUGAGUGUGCUCUUGGCACGGACGUCCUUGAGGACAGGCACGAGGACCUUGAGUGUCUUGCGGCUGCUGUACCUCAUUUUGUGGCCUGGCUGCUUGCACCUGAGGGAGACCCGGAUGCACUGGACAUCCCGACCCCGCGCUCUUACGCAGAGGCGAUCACGGGUCCCUACUCCUCUCAGUGGCAGACAGCCAUAGACGCAGAGAUGGCAUCCUGGAAGUCCACAGGCACUUACGUCGAUGCAGUUCCCCCUCCUGGGGCGAACAUAGUCGAUGGCAUGUGGAUUUUCAGGGUGAAGCGGCCGCUGGGUUCUCCGCCUGUCUUCAAGGCUCAUUACGUUGCACGAGGUUUCAGUCAGCGACAGGGAGUUGACUUCUUUCAGACCUUCUCCCCUACCCCAAAGAUGACCACUCUUUCGGUGCUGCUGCACGUUGCCGCUCAGCGUGACUACGAGCUUCACUCUCUUUACUUCAGCACAGCGUUCUUACAUGGCAGCCUCCACGAGGUUAUCUGGCUGCGCCACCCACCUGGCUUCACUGGGUCGUUUCCUGCUGGUACCCAGUGGAGCCUCCGGCGGCCAGUCUACGGUCUCCGCUAG